CACGGUGCGGCGCCGCCCCCUGGCGGCCGCACGCCGCACCUGCGGCAGCGCCGUGUUUCGGAAGUGGACUCGACAGGCCGGAGAAGGAGGCGAAGGAAAAGGGCGGAGGAACGGGAGCCACCGUGGGGAUUGAGAAAAUGACAAAGCGCCAUGACUUCUAGCAGCGGCGUGUGUUCUUGUAUUUCGACCCAGCGUGAAAGGACUGUACAGAUUCCUAUGGGCCGGAGGUGAUUUCCCCUUCGCGCUGAUCCCGCCUGCAGGAGACGGGCCGCGACGCUCCAGCGCUUUCUGACGGGCGGGUGGGUCGCGGGGGAGGCCAUGCGUCAGGGGUGAGGGGCCGUCCGCUCACGAGGAGAACCGCAGCGCAUCGGGCCGGGGGGCGGGUGGAGGAGGGGGAGCGGAGAUGAAGCUCAAACAGCGCAUGGUGCUGCUGUGCGCCGUGCUCCUCCUGCUGGGACUGGCCAAGAUCUUCCUGCUGGACGGCGGCGAAGGGUCGGCGGCCAGCCGGCGGGACCUGAAGGCGUUCCGCAAGAUGGAGGCUGGCCUCGCGCUGGCCCGCGGAGCGCGCCUCACCAACACCCUGCAGUCCCCGUGGGAGAUCGCCAGCCAGUGGGUGGGUCCGAGGGAGGUCUACCCCGAGGAGACCCCGGAGCUGGCCGCCGUGCUCGCCUCCCUCGCCUCUGCCAGGGUCGAGCGGGCGGACGUGGGCUACAAGGGCACGCAGCUCAAAGCGCUGCUGGUGCUGGACGGCGGGCAGAAAGUGGUCUUCAAACCCAAAAGAUAUUCCAGAGACUACGUGGUGGAAGGGGAGCCGUACGCAGGCUACGACAGACACAACGCAGAGGUGGCUGCUUUUCACCUGGAUCGGGUCCUGGGCUUCAGGAGGGCGCCCCUCGUGGUGGGACGGCACAUCAACCUGCGGACGGAGAUCAAGCCCGUGGCCACGGAGCAGCUCCUGAGCACCUUCCUCAUGCAAGGUAAUAACACGUGUUUCUAUGGGAAGUGUUAUUACUGUCGGGAGAGCGAACCGGCGUGUGCAGAGGGAGAGACGAUGGAGGGGUCAUUAACCCUUUGGCUGCCGGACGUGUGGCCACUGCAGAAACACAGACACCCCUGGGGUCGCACCUACCGAGAGGGGAAACUGGCCAGGUGGGAGUAUGAUGAGAGUUACUGCGAGGCAGUAAAGAAAAUGCCCCCGUAUGAUGCAGGGCCCAGGCUGCUCGACGUCAUUGACACGGCCGUGUUUGAUUAUCUCAUCGGCAACGCCGACCGCCAUCACUAUGAGAGCUUCCAGGACGACGGCGGCGCCAGCAUGCUGAUCCUGCUGGACAACGCCAAGAGCUUUGGGAAUGCGGCCCUGGACGAGCGCAGCAUCCUGGCUCCCCUCUACCAGUGCUGCAUGCUGCGCGUGUCCACGUGGAACCGGUUGAACCUCCUGAGGGGCGGGGCCCUGAGCUCCGCCAUGCGGCAGGCGCUCGCCUUCGAUCCCAUCCAGCCGGUCCUGACCGAGCCGCACCUCGCCGCCCUGGACCGCCGCCUGUCGGGGGUCCUGGCGACCGUCAAGCAGUGCAUGGAGGCGCAGGGACCCGACAACACGCUCAUAGAGGACCGGAUGAACCUCCCGCACCCGUAGAACGGGACACGGCCAGAACUUCAUAGCCGGAGUCUGGAGGGAGUUGACUGAGCGAACGGAUCAGCUCGUGUGUGAAGGGAAGAGACUGACAGGGUGGAACAAAGACUCUAAUUCCUCCUCCCUCAUCCCGCUCUCGCUUGUCACGCUGACAAAGAGGAAUUACUGCAUUGAGAAUGUGCCGGGGCACAUCCAGAUAUAAACUUUGUCUCAGGACUGUUGUGCCCCAUCAGACAGUAUCUACUGUUAGAACUGCUCGGUCUACUCCUGCUGGCUGUGAUGACGCUCCGGCCUUGUGCUGGAUCCUCCCCCCCAGGCGCCGGGGGGCAGAGGAGGAAGAAGAAGAAGAAAUGUACAGAAAUGUUGAUUCCAAUAGAGUGAACCAAAUUCCUUUUUCCUUGAACUGAAUUUAAAUUAAGAUUGAAAGGAGCAACCCCGAUCCCUCAGUGUGUACAUAUUUAACUAAAUAGUAACAUAGAAUUAUGACAUGACAGAUUAUAAAUAUGUGGAUUAUAAUAUUAAAUAGACUCCAAGGUGCGUGUAUGUGAGUGUGUGCAUAGAAUAAGGACUUGAAGUGAGGGGUGUGUGGGUUCGUCUGCAGCAUUAAACUCUGAUCUGAUUGUU